AUGGAUCAUUUACUAUCCCUUGAAACACCUUCUCCUUCAUCUCAUGUUCCUCCGGUUAACGUUCAUGUUCCUGUUCCUGUUCCUGUUCAUGUUCCUUCCCUCGCUCCCAAUCUUACCAUGUCUCACCAAAUCCCCAACAUUUCUCCCGAAAAUUUCAACCUCAAUCCACCCCCAACCACCACCAUGUCCACCGAAAAAUCCACCGGAAAAUCAUUUCAAACCUUACUCGUCCCAAAACCCGAGCCUUUUGAUGAUUUUAUGGCUGCCCAAGAUUCCCAGCAACCCCAUUUCUCUCCUGGCUUUGAAGAAGACGAUCAAUCUGAUCUCUAUAAUGAAUUCUAUCGGGUUUCACAGCUUUUCAAUGCUACUUUCGGUACAUCUCUGGGUCCUUUCUUUGCCAUCAACGAUUCCGCCAAUGUUGGUCCUUCUGUUGUUGAGGAGACUGGUAACAACGUUUGUAACCCAGACCUAAAUCUGAACCCUAAUAUAGGUGUGGAAUCUACGGAUUCUCAGUCGUAUGAUAACGAUAACAAUAACAAUAACAAUAACAAUGAUCUAGCAAUUGUUGUUGUUCCGGAGAAACAAGAACAAGAGGCCACUGCGGCAGUUGCUGUGGCUAGGAAGAGGGCGAGCCAGGUGAUGGAGCUUGUGAGGGUUUCAGAUCUGAGUAUGAAGGAACAUAUAAAUUGUCGGGAGGUGAUGAGGAGGACAAGGAUGGUGUAUGAUUCGCUUCGCGUGUUGGCGAGUAUUGAAGAGGAGAAGAGAUUUGCUGCGGAAGUUGCUGUUAUGGAGGAAGAGAGGAGAGUGGCUGAGGAAAAAAGGUUGGCUGAGGAGAGGAGAUUGGCUGAAGAAGUUGCGGUUAUGGAGGAGGAGAUGAGGAUAGGUGAGGAGAAGGGCGCUGCGGCUGCAGGGGUGGAGGUGGAAACGGAAACGCCGAGUGGAAAAAAGAGGCGUAUCCGCAUUCGUGGUGAUAUGAGGGCGGCAGCGUUAAUGAGGAAGAGUCAGUUGUGGCUGUAUCGAGAUAAGAGGAUAGUUGGACCGAUACCCGGGGUUUAUGUUGGUGAUGUGUUUCUUUUUAGGAUGGAAUUGUGUGUAGUUGGUUUGCAUAUGCAGAUACAAGCUGGAAUUGAUUAUCUACCUAAAAGUAGGUGUUCCAAUGGUGAACCGAUCGCUACUAGUGUGAUUGUUUCGGGUGGAUACGAGGAUGACAUGGAGUUGGAUGAUGGUGAUGUUAUAAUCUACACUGGACAUGGAGGGCAGGAGAAGAACUCCUCAAGGCAAAUUUGUGAUCAGAAAUUGGUGGGUGGAAACCUUGCUUUGGAAAGGAGUAUGCAUUAUGGGAUCGAAGUUAGGGUUAUUCGUGGGAUGAAGUAUGAAGGGAGUGCGUCCGGUUCUGGGAAGAUUUAUGUUUAUGAUGGAGUGUAUAGGAUUGUGGAGUGUUGGUUUGACGUAGGAAAGUCUGGUUUUGGAGUGUAUAAGUAUAAGCUCUUGAGAAUUGAGGGGCAGGCUAAGAUGGGUAGUGCCGUUCUCAAAGAUGCUCGGGAAAUUAGGAAAAGUGGGUUGGACUUUAAGCCUAUGUAUUGUCUUUCUGUUGAUAUUUCGGACAAGAGGGAGAAGGUUCCUAUUAGGCUUUUUAAUGACAUAGAUGACAGUCAGGAACCUCUUUAUUAUCAGUAUCUUCCGAAUACUAGUUUCCCGCCGUUUGUGUUUCAUCAGAUUGGGAAAGCUACUGGAUGUGAGUGCGUCGAUGCUUGUACUGAUGGUUGUUUUUGCUCUGUGAAGAAUGGAGGAGAGCAUCCUUAUAAUCUACAGGGUUUGCUUGUGAAAGGGAAGCCGUUGAUUUUUGAAUGUGGCCCUUUUUGCUCAUGUCCUCCGAAUUGUCGAAACCGUGUUGCACAAAAGGGGCUCAAAUAUAGGUUGGAAGUGUUUAGGUCUACUCAGACCGGUUGGGGGGUUAGGUCUCUGGACCUUAUUCAGGCUGGAGCCUUUAUCUGCGAGUAUACGGGGGUUGUUUUGACUAGGGAGCAAGCGCAAAUUUUAACAAUGAAUGGUGAUUCGUUGAUAUAUCCUAAUCGGUUUUCAGAUAGAUGGGCGGAAUGGGGGGAUUUGUCUCAGGUGUACAGUGAAUAUGUGCGUCCCUCCUAUCCAUCAAUUCCUCCUCUAGAUUUUUCUCUGGAUGUGUCAACAAUGAGAAAUGUUGCUUGCUAUAUGAGCCAUAGUUCAAGUCCAAAUGUAUUUGUUCAGUUUGUUCUGUAUGAUCACAAUAAUUUGAUGUUUCCUCAUGUUAUGCUAUAUGCGAUGGAGAACAUCCCUCCAAUGAGAGAGCUAAGCAUUGAUUAUGGCGUUGCUGAUGAGUGGACGGGAAAACUAUCUAUAUGUAUGUAA